GUCAGGAGCUGUCCAUCUGAAAUUAAAUAGUGCUGCAUUUCAUUAUACUGAAUAUUCAUAGUCGUUUUCUUGAUGUCGCAUAAUCUCUAGCACAGCUCAUGACCUUAAGGGAUUCCUUGAGACAAGAAAUUCUCAAUUAAAAUACACCUUGAAUCUUGAAAUUUUUGACAGAAUUCACCUUUGGUUCUUGACUUUGAUAUUGCAGCUUCUUAUAAUCAUCUUGAAAUGAGUAUUCAGAGGAUCUUUACUCAGGAUAGAGCACAUCAGAGCAAUGAGUUUUCAAGUGAUUAUACUUUAGAUUUCCCUAAAAUCUCAGCUCAAGAUUUAGUUGCUCAACAACAGUAUUCAUCAUACAUGGGAUUCUGUUUUCAGCCAGAGGAAGGCCGCCGACAGCAGCAUCAGCAGAGUUGUAAUUUGCCUAUGAUCAGCUUUUUUGGAUCCCCCAGUUCAGCGUUUUUCGCCACAGAACGUUGCCUGGGAUUGACACAGCAUGAUAAUCAAGAUAAUACUUCCCAACUCAUGCUCAAUAAUAAUGAUCUUAACCAAGAUCAUACUUCCCAACUCAUGAUAGAUAAUUAUGAUCUUAACCAAGAUAAUACUUCUCAACUGAUCAAUAAUUAUGAUAUUCAAUUGUCAUCAUAUGAUCCUCAACAAAGUAGAAAUGGCUUCUUGACAGAUUCAAUUGCACAACCUGAGCCUGAUUUUCAGCACAACAUUUCUCUGCCAUCAUUCAUCAGGCCAGAAUUCUCAACCAGUCAACCUCUACGUAGACAUUAUUCUUUUUCCGAUGUAUCUGAGAAAGAGAGGAUGUUGCAUCUCAAAAAUGAGUUGCUGGGAGAAUUUGAUCCUUCAUAUAGGAGGCACCCUUCAAUUCCUUUUGAUGGAAAUCAAAAUUAUAGUAUCUCUCAUGAUUUCUGUGGCUGUCCUUUGGAAAAAAUGAGGCAACGAUGCGCGAGUCCUUCACUCACUUCUCGUAACUCUGCAUCUUCUGGAGUAUCCAAUAAGCACAGUAAGACAAGAAUCAGAUGGAGUGAAGAUCUCCACGAGCGAUUUCUUGACUGUGUAAAUCGCCUUGGAGGUGCUGACAAGGCUACACCAAAGCAAAUACUUAAUCUGAUGGACUCAGAAGGCUUAACCCUUGAUCAUGUUAAAAGCCAUUUGCAGAAAUACCGAAAUGCAAAGCACAUUCCAGAAUCUACAGAAACAGGGAAAUCAGAAAAGAGAAACAGUCCGGAUAAUGUGACAGAGAUCGAGGCCAAAACUGGAAUAGAAAUCAAGGAAGCACUGAAAAUGCAACUAGAAGUCCAGAGGUGUCUUCAUGAGCAACUAGAGACUCAGCGAACGUUGCAAAUGAGGAUUGAAGAACAAGCAAAAAAAUUGAAGAGGAUAUUUGAUCGACAACAAAGGACAAACAGGAAUCUAUUGGAGAGACAAAAUUCAAGCAUAUCAUCUCCUGCGCAGGAUGAUGCAGAAAUUCUGGAUGUAGAAGAUUCGGAAUAACACACAUUUCCCAUCCAACACAAGUUAAGUGUUAUAGUAACUACAUUAAUUUUUGGUUUUUUUCCAUAGAAGUAUAUGCAUCAGAAAUCACUAAAGAUUUGGAAAGAAGUAGCUUAGUCCUGCAGCAAAAUCAAGAACCAGAUUCUUCACUACUUGGUUCAAAAGGAAAGGCAACAUGUUGAGCUAAUUAACCUCAAGUAAAUUGUAACAUAUGUAAAAUACAGUAUAAAAUCAUAGAUUGUGCUGAAAAUUAGGUGGUUUAUUCAUGGUAGAUGUCAAUGAUUCUGUUGGCUGCAUAGUUAAAAAUGUAUGAAAUGAAAGGAAUAAAAUAAGAUGUCACUUUAAUUUUGGUAAGCUGGUAUAAAGUUCAGAACUAUUCAUCUUUAGAUAUGGUAUUUGAAAACUUGCUGUCUCGUAGCUUCACGUUUUGUAUGAUGACUUCAACUUCCUAUUUCUCUGUCACUCAUAAGCACUAGCAAACUAAGGGAAAGCUAAUAAUGACGUGUCUCUAGACUGUCUACCAUCCUUCUUGUUGAGUAAAGCAUCCCGCAUUCACACAGGGUUCAUAAAACAACGUUUUCCCACGAAUAGUCUCCAUAUUCCACGACUGCUAAUUUGCCCUUUAAUUCUCUUAAUUCAUAUUUAUAUAACUAGUGUUUAGCAGCAGCACAAUGUGAUGAUUCUGAAAGUUUCUUGAACGGACGAAAAUUGGCAAAGCUACUAAUCUCUCUCCAUGAUUCGUCUAUGCUUAAAGUGAAAAUCCAAGUUCUUGUGAAAAAUAUUGAAGUGUCAUCAAAAGAACUUUAUACUUCUUUUCACCUGGUUCGUAACUUGAUAAAUACUUACAGACUACAGUUAACAUGAGGAUGUAAAUCCGCGCGCGGGAGAAUUUUUUACUGGGAUUUGCAUAUUUCAAAAAUCAUUUAUUGAUCUUCUCACAGAACUCAUCUUCUUUCCACAAUAUUAUAUUCGGGUAUCAUUUUCUUUUCUCACAAACCACAUUAGUUCCUUUUAACACUCUGGAAGAAAUCUGAAAAGUCGUGGAAUGACGUGUCAAAAAAGUCAACUGUCAACUGUAUAUUAGGGAAUGUCGAGGUUUUGCAAUGACGUGUCAAAAAAGUCAACUGUAUUGACUUAGUAAUUCUUUAAAAACUCUGCUUAGUAAACAUUAAAAAACAAAUGGCUACCUAUUCCUCCCAAGCAACCUCUACCAAAUGCAAAAUACAGUAUGAAAGUCAUAAAUAAAAAUUAUGCUGAAAAUUAGUUAGCUGAUUCAAAGCUUGAAGUCAUUGAUUCUCUUUGCUGCAAAAGUAAAAAUGUAUUGAAAUGAAAAGAAUCAAAUAAGGUGUCACUGCGCGUUUGAUAAGCUAGGUACGAUACAGCCUCUCUAAAAAUAAUACCCGAAAAAUAUAAUUUUUAUAUAUAUACAAAUUUUAUACACUUUUGCGGCUAUCUAAUGUAAAUAAUUUCGGCCAUGGGCUAAAUGUGAUCUUUGCCCGUACAGUUUCCAACGUGAAAAUAGCACGGGCUAGCCAGUUUUCGGACUAGUAAUUGAAAAAUAGCCAGUGUUUG